AUGCUCGAGGUUUUACUGCUGCCUGGUGUUUUGAGUUUUGUUAUGUCGAUGGAACUGCCUCCCUAUAUUUCAUCAUGUUCAAGAAACGAUCCAAAUCUAAACGACUGCGCUUUAAAAUCUGCGAAAGAAUCACUUUAUCAAUUCUCUCUAGGAGACACCGAGAGAGGAUUUCACCCUUUAGAUCCCCUGUAUGUGGAAGAAAUGUUAGUAUAUAUACCGAACAAGCAGGGUUUGAAGAUUGUUUUCAAAGAUAACUAUUUUACUGGAUUAUCGAAGCUGCAUAUGGAAAGUCUAAAGUUCAAUUUAGAGAAAAAAAUAAUUACUGCGGACGCCUUGGUUACUUUAAAUGUUAAAAAUAAUUAUGAACUCAGUGGAAAACUUCUUAUGAUACCUGUUGAUUCAAAAGGCGAUUCUUUUAUAAAUUUGAAAAAUACACUUCUUCACAUUCGUUACUGGUACGAACACGUAGAAGGGCCAGACGGUAAAAUUCAUUGGAAAAUCUAUAAGCAUGACAUUAAAUAUGAGGUGGAGAAAGGUUCAUUUGGAUUAGAUAACCUUUUAAAUGAUAAAAAUUUAGGUGACCAAAUCAACAAGCUUCUAAACGAAAUGUGGCGUGAAGUUGUGGCAGAGGUAGGCCCGUCUAUAUGUCACGCCCUGGGUACCGCCGUCGUGGAAAAUUUAUCUGUGCUGUUGGAACAGGUGUCAUAUGACGAGUUGAUGCCAGAAUAA